UGCUGUAUAUUUUAUGUCUCCCACAUUACUGGGGGGCUUUAAAUGGCACGCGCGACACGGGAGAUAAAUUUCUUUGCAGCAGAAGCUUGAUGUGGGCGAGUUGGUUUAACAUACUUGAAGAAAGAACGGUGCUACAAAGACGCAGACUAAACGAAGAACAUGUACGAGUUGGAAGUUAGCGCCUGUCCGUCGUACAUGUUCUUCUUUUAAUCCACGUCUUUGUAACGCUGUUUUUUCUUCAAGAUAAAUUUCUUUGAAACGUGCGAUGCUAUGAGAAAAUGGUAGGAGACGUAAUGGCAAUGUCGAUGCCUGUAUGUCCUUGCGCACGUGCUGUGCGCGUGCGCGUGCGUGCAGUCCUCUUGACAUAGUGCACCGCACGCAAAUUCUGCAACUUGCCCGCGACCACGUGGUUUGCGCGUCGAUCCUCAUCCUAGCCUCCGCCACAUCGCCGGUUAUGGGGGACAUUGGACGGCAGCGCUCCGAUUCCCUGGCUCCGAUCGACGAAAUGCUGUGGCAGCUUCCUGGAUUCAUCGCCGACGCCCAUCGCCGUGCAGCAAAUAUGACUGAUCAUCGCCUCGUGGAAAACGGCCUCUGCGCACCAUCGAUGAGCACAGUGACGUCACUCCAUCGUGAUACGUCACGGAGCCUGCCAGCUAUAAAUCUGCUACCGAGACCUACGAUCAUCAGUGGACACGGCAGCCCUGCCGUGACGAUGUCACCUGAAGUGCCUUUGUAUGUGCAGGUUAGUGCAAAAAGAUACGGUUUUCGUGGUGAUUACCUUUGUCUAGUUGUGCUGCCGUGUCCACAAGUGCUGCUUGAUUGUGUCUGCGACUGCUUUUCAAUGGCAUGCAUACUACUUAAGCUAUCAGGGGAUGUAGAGGAAAACCCGGGGCCUAUUUCUCAAGCCACCCUAAAUGAAAUUCUACAAACCCAAAAAGAUAUUUUGGCCAAAGUUACUCAAAUUCAAGAAAAACAAACUUCGUCUGAGGCAGGUAUAGUGAAAAUGCAAACAAGACUCGAUUCCAUCGAAGCAAAACUCGUGGUCCUAGAGAAAUCCCAAAUAAGGCUAUCAAACAUUGAGUCUACUAUGAGUGAUUGUCAGGCGGAAAUUGAUGCACUAGCUAAACAAGUCGAUGGCUUGGAAAAUCAAUCCCGGCGUAGCAACCUGAUUGUAAGGGGUAUACUGGAAGAAGCGAAUGAAAACGAAGAAACAUUGCUGAAAAAAGUAAAUGACGACGUUUUUGAGGCAAAACUCGGAGAGAAGUUAAGUACCAUUGAGAGAAUACACCGUCUUGGUAAGGUGAAUCCGGGUAAUCAUCGUCCAGUUAUCCUUAGGAUUGGUGAUUUUAGGGAAAAAACCAAGAUUAUGAAUAAUUGCUACAAGCUUAAAGGAGGGAAAAUAAGCAUUUCAGAGGACUAUUCUAAAAGAGUGCAUGAUAUUCGGAAAAAACUCUGGAAUACCACUGUUGACGAAAGGAAAAACGGGGCCAAGGUAAAGAUGGUAUUCGAUAAGAUGAAGGUGAACAAAAUCCUUUACGCCUGGGAUGAAACUACGAAACAAAGGUACAAAUGCCAUACCCCUUCUGGGAGUGGCAAUUGACGCAGGAACAUAGGGUCAAAACCGUUCAAAGUUAUAAAUGUGAACGCCAGAAGUAUAUUAAAUAAACUUGUCGAAUUAGAAAGCCUAAUCAUAGAACAUGAACCUCACCUAAUAGUAGUCACCGAAACUUGGCUGCACAAGGAUGUACUCGACACUGAAGUCACCCCUCCGAACUAUAAAAUAGUAAGAAGGGAUCGAGAAGACAGAGGGGGGGGAGUUGCGAUAAUUAUCAAAGACAACAUAGCAUUUUCUGUACUUCCAGAUGUGAAUGGCGUAGAAGCACUAUGGGUCAAGAUAAAAUUAGAUACACAAACAGUCUUCAUUGGGGGUGUUUACAGGGCUCCAAAUGCUCCGUUGGACGUCCUGGUAAAUCUACGAACAUUUAUGGACACUUACCUGCCUCAGGAUAGUAGGAAAUUGUUACUUGGGGAUUUCAACCUACCCGGCAUUGACUGGUGUUCGCAAUUGCCUGGAACACGAGAAGUGCCUAGUUGUGAGCAGUUACUUGAACUGGCUUUUUGUCAUAAUUUAGUUCAAGUUGUGUCUGGUUACACAAGGAUAUGUCCUACAACAUCAUCCAUACUUGAUUUAAUUUUUGUUUCCGAACGAAUACACAGUUCUGUCUGCGAAUGUGAAACACUGGAGGGCUUGUCAGAUCACAGGAUGGUUUUGUUGUCAUUAAACGCAUCACCAGAUGUCAUAAGUACUUCGUCCAAAAAAAGUUUCUUUAAUUUUCAUGACGCUGAUGACGCUGCUGUGAUAGACUGUCUUGAUUAUUCAUAUUCAGAGUUUAUGCAGCUGUAUGACUUAGGUGCUAGCACGGACCAACUAUGGGAAUUCUUUUCGCAAUUAGCAGAACGGUGCCUUAAUCACUUUAUUCCUAAGAAAACUAAGCGCACGAAUAAAAAGAAUCCCUGGAUAACCAGAGAUAUACUUCAUCUCAAACGAAGACUUAAACGCAAACGUAAGGCUUACUCACCCAACCCAAACCCCCAAAAUAAACUAUGUAUUCGCCGCAUGAGUCAGGAUUUAAAGAGACUUCUUAAGGAAUCAAAAGACAGAUUCUAUAAUGUGACGCUCACAAAAUUUCUUCGCGAGUCACCUGGCAAAUUCUGGCGCUAUA